AUGUCGGACGUCAAUGAGUCUUAUCGAAGGCGUCAGCCCUUGGGAGAUGUGUCGGGCCGAUUGAACCACCCCAAGUCGCCAAAUGUCGAGACACCACACCUGAGAUUCGAAGAAUCUGAACAUUUGAAGAGUUCUGACCGGAUGUCUAUUUGUAUGACUCCAACUCCACAACGGAAUAAGGAAAAUGAACGUCUCUCCGUGGCCACCGAUUUCCAACCCAACUCAGCCCGAAACUCCAUCAUGUCUGCGGCAUCCAUCCUGUCAACCAAAGGGAAGAGAAAGACACACGUGGGACCAUGGCAGCUGGGACGGACACUGGGAAAAGGGGCCACUGGACGGGUUAGACUGGCCAAGCAUGCUGUCACCGGACACACGGCCGCUAUCAAGAUCGUUUCGAAAAAGUCGGCUGCUAUGGUUCAGAGUGAGAGUAUCGCGGCAAUGGACCGCAAUAUGGGAAACUUCCCUACCAACCCAGCCACCCGACAAAUGCCUUGUGGGAUUGAACGUGAAGUGGUCAUCAUGAAGUUGAUUGAACAUCCGAAUGUGAUCAGUCUCUAUGAUGUUUGGGAAAACCGUGGAGAAUUGUAUCUUGUCCUCGAACACGUCGAGGGUGGAGAGUUAUUUGAUUAUGUAUCUAACAAUGGACCGCUGCCUGAAGAAGAGGCCGUACGACUGUUCCGACAAAUCAUUGCGGCCCUUGGGUACUGUCAUCGUUUCAAUAUCUGUCACCGCGAUCUGAAGCCCGAAAACAUCUUGCUUGAUUCAAACCAUAAUGUCAAGCUGGCUGACUUUGGUAUGGCCGCACUCCAACCUGCAGGCCACUGGUUGAACACUUCAUGUGGCAGUCCUCAUUAUGCAGCACCGGAAAUCAUUUAUGGCAGAAAGUAUCGUGGAGACAGAGCUGAUAUGUGGAGCUGUGGUAUUAUCCUGUAUGCCCUUUUGACUGGUUACUUGCCAUUUGAUGGAGGUGAUUUGGGCAACACCCUGCGGCUUGUGAAAAAAGGAGACUACAUCAUUCCUCCCGAGUUGAGCGAUGAAGCAGCCGACCUGAUUCAGCGUAUCCUCCAAAAGCGCCCGGAGGAUCGGAUAUCUAUGAAAAACAUUUGGUUGCAUCCGUUGUUAACCAAGUAUGAAAAACUGCACAAUGCCAUGGUCGAUCACUACGUCGGCCCUCCGCCUGCCCUGUCAGUGAAUGACUGUGGCCAAGCCUUGUCCUGUCGGCAGGACAUCGACCUCGACAUUCUCCGGAAUUUACAGACUUUGUGGCAUGAUGUUAAGGCCGAGGAUUUGAUUCAAAGGCUUCUAUGCAUUGAACCGACCCACGAGCGAAUGUUCUACAAUGCCUUGGCAAAAUUUCGCGAUGAGCAGCUAGAGAACUAUCAAGGACAGCCUCUAGAGUACUCGGCUAGUGACUAUCACCAUAUCUCCCGCACCAGUGGUAGAGUUCGCCGAGGCCGUAGUCAGACAGGCCAGGGUAGCUCCAAGCGUCGCGCACAGUGCCCAUCUGUUAAAGAGGUCCCUCGUCGUGCCAACUCCUUCAAGGAACCGAUGUCCUCGGGUACAAUGGAGACAUAUGAUCCAUACCGGUCACCCAAGAACGGCGGUACAGUCUCUGAAGCCCAUUAUGCCCAUAUUACUGUCCACCGAGAGUCAUCAAGGCAAUCUGAAGCUAUGUUAUCCUCGCCAAGGGUGAAGCCUCCCCCUUCCAUUGCGGAGGAGCAAGAGCCAGAAGAAUUGGAUGGGCCAGAUGGCUCACCAUUCACUGUGCUUCAGAAGCGCAAGCACGGGCCCAGCUCAAUGAAGUCUUUCGUCUCUUCCAAGGUACCUCAUUCCAGCUCCCGGGCUCGCGGAAUUUCGACACAUUCCAUGAGCUAUCGUCGUAACGUUUCCUUCCAUCACACGCGCAACCGCUCUCAUGGCUCUACAACUGCCAAAUCGAAGAAGAGAAAGAUUGCUCCACCAAAUCAGAAGAACGAGCUUAAGAGGUCACCGAGCACCUGCAGCUUGCAACUUAUGGCAGAUGGUCUCGAUCUCCCGGACAUGCCAAGUAGCCCAGCUCUACCAGCGCAGCCAACUAUGGUCCGAGGAAAUGGUCCAAAGGUGAAGAGCAUGGGACAAGCCCGAAAGGUUCGCGAGUCAGACUACACAUGGAAGGAGGACACUCGAAAAGUCUCCCAUGAGCUCAGCCAGAUCUGCGAGGAGGCAUUCAAUGGAAGCUCCGUUACAACCAUUCGUACUACGAGCGGUGGUUCUGGAUACGAAACACCGGCCACUCCAGUUUCAAUGGCCAGCCCUGAGCAAGUUCAGGCUACUUCGACGACCCCAGUGUCUAAUACUUUUCAGGAUUCAUCCCAAUCUUACAAUAUUAAGGUGCUUACCGAGACACGCCAGAAGUUCAUUGAGCACAGCCGGGGCCGAAAUGAUAAUAUUCCUGCCUAUCUUUCUGGUGUUAUCACUCAUCUCGAUCGCUUGAUUGAACAAGACCAGGCUCAGAAUGGUAGACGGAAAGAGUUGGAUGUAGGAUCUUUACAAGAUCCUUUCGUCACAUCGCCCAACGAACCCGCAAGCACCGCCUGCGCCCCUAGUGAGAAGAGUCCCCGACGUAAGCAAAAGCCACGGACUUCGCUUGCAACAUCUCAUGGAGACGAUGCUAAAAGGACUAUUCGGAUGGUACCACACAGCUCAAUGACCUGCAUGGAGGAAGUCAAGCCCCUGACCAUUCGGAAGAACCAUGGUAAAUCUGCUUUAUCGGAUGUUCAAGAAUUUACUACUAGUGACUCUCCGAGCGGCGACCACAACUUCUCCAUUGGGUCUCGACAUGCUCGUCAACCUUGUGGCCUGGCUCCCAUUGAAGAAGUUCCUCUGUCCCCGAAGAAAACAACAGCCCGGGCCCCCGAAGGAAAGAAAUGGUCAUGGUUCAAGCAUCGUCCUCAGGGCUCAGAUUCUCCUCCUGCUCUCCCACCCAAGGAUAGGCACCUCAUUAUUCCCAGUGGAGGAACCACUGUGCAUACUCCAAUUACCCUCGAGCCCUCUUCUCCUCCUAAAAAUGAGAAUACAGAGCGAGUCGCAAAACGAAGGCCAUCCAUAGAUCGCUUUGGUGGUGGCUUUUUCAAAAAACUCCUGACCAAAAAGUCCAGCCAGAAUAUGCAAGAACCCCCUGCUAACAAGGAAAAAGAUAUCCAAACCACACCAACCAAGGAUAAUCGCUACUCUUCCCUGAUGUGCAAGGGACUUGCAGACACCGACAGUUCCACUGAAGCUGAUGAUUUGCCUAACCCAAUCCCCCACAAGCGCCGCUCAAUUGCCAAUCACAACUGGUUUGCCCGAGUUUUCCAGAUCAGGCCUGCUACACAAGUCAUUGCAUUGAACACAUCAAAGGCCAAGGGACGCAAGGAACUCUACAAGCUACUUCGCGAGUGGCGCGACUUCGGCAUGGAGGAUGUGUACCUGGACAAGGCCAACAGUAUUGUUCACGGCCGUGUUAGCGAAGCAAAUUUCCUUCAUCUCCGAGAGGUUGAGUUUACUGCUGAGUUUUACACCGUUCUUGAGCAUGGCCACCAAGCCAAUCUCAGCUUGGUCCGCUUCAAACAGGAGCGUGGCGCCGCUUCAUCUUUCAACAAGGUUGUCGAGACUGUGCACAACACCCUCAUGCGCCGUGGCAUGGUUGUUGAGGACGCAUCUCGUGCAAAGAAGAUGUCGCGCGUUCUAGACUCCAUCCCUAACCGCAAAUAA